GCCAUUGUGUUGGUAUUCCGAAUUGACAUCUGUCAAUGCCAUAACCGAGAUGUUUGUGCCUUAUUUGUUGUUGUUAUUUUACGGUUGAAUAAUGCGAUAGGUUUUACAAAAGCGAGGAUUAUGUUAGAAAAAAUGUCUCCAUUUCGCAAAAAGAAAUCCGAGAAGAGUUUCCCCGUGAAAGUGUGCACAUUGGACGCCGAAUUGGAGUUCAACUUACAAUGGCGAGCCACCGGCAGGGAUUUAUUCGAGCUAGUGUGCCGCACAAUCGGGUUACGCGAGACUUGGUAUUUCGGUUUGCAAUACGAAGAUUCAAAAGGGUUUAUCAAUUGGUUAAAAUUGGACAAGAAAGUCCAAGACCAGAGCAUCCAGAAGGACCCCCACAGUACGGUGUCGUUCAUGUUUUUCGCGAAAUUCUACCCCGAAGAAGUGGCCGAAGAGCUGGUUCAAGAGGUAACAAAACACUAUUUUUUUCUCCAAGUUAAGCAAGCUAUUCUCUCUAUGGAUGUGUACUGCCCCCCUGAGGCGUCCGUCCUGCUAGCCAGUUACGCGGUCCAAGCCAAGUUUGGAGACUUUGACCUAGAUACGUACAAACCGGGAAUGUUAGCGAACGAGGAUUUGUUGCCCCAAAGAGUCAUCGACCAGUAUCAGAUGACUCUAGACAUGUGGGAGGAGCGGAUAAGAGUGUGGUACUCAGAUCACAGGGGUAUGUCGCGAGACGAAGCCGAGAUGGAGUAUUUAAAAAUCGCACAAGACUUGGACAUGUACGGUGUUAAUUAUUUUCCGAUAAUGAAUAAAAAAGAGACUGAGUUGUGGUUAGGUGUAACACCUCUAGGAUUAAACAUCUACGAAAAGGAAAAUAAACUACAACCAAAAACGACGUUCACAUGGGCCGAAAUACGACACAUUAGUUUUGACGAUAAAAAAUUUAUUAUCAAACCGGUCGAUAAGAAUUCCCCAAAUUUUGUCUUCUUUAGCCAAAAAGUUAGAAUGAAUAAAUUGAUUCUUGAUUUGUGCAUGGGUAACCAUGAUUUAUUCAUGCGGAGGCGUAAACCCGAUUCUAUGGAACUCCAACAAAUGAAAGCCGCCGCCAAAGAAGAGAAACAACGUCGGCAGAUUGAACGAAAUCGUCUGGCACGUGAAAAACAAUUGAGAGAGGAGGCGGAGCGUGAAAGGGCCAAUAUGGAACAGCGCCUGCUCCAGUACCAGGAGGAAAUCCGAUUGGCUAAUGAAGCUCUGAAACGUUCCGAAGAAAGCGCCGAUUUGCUGGCCGAAAAAAGCCGAGUUGCUGAAGAAGAAGCAAUUCUUCUGAGCCAGAAAGCGGCCGAAGCGGAACAAGAAAUCACCCGUUUGCGCCUCAGCGCGAUGCGAAAGGAAGAAGAAAAAGUCACAUUGGAGCGAAAAACUCGUGAAGCAGAAUUAUUAACAGCUCGAUUAGUUGAAGAUUCGGAACGAAGAGCGGCUGAAGCGAACCGACUGAAAGAAGAAUUGUUGCGGGCGCGAGCUGCUGAAAAACAAGCCAAAGAAAAAUUGUUGGAUUUUUUGAGUCGCGGCUCUUAUUCGUCGUCUGCAACGUCAGUUUCGACCCUAUAUUCGGCCUCGUUGAGUCCUCUGGGGCCGGAUUUGUCGCUUUUGGAUGGCGAUGUCGGGACUUCCCCGGAACUUAACCUCACGCUGAAUGGUUACGAUUUGACGAACGCGGACACCGAUCAAUUGUCGCUCGAAAUUGAGAAGGAGAGAGGCUUGUGUUUGGAAAAACAGAAGCAUUUGCAACACCAGCUACGCGAGCUUCGCACCGAAAUCGCUGUUUUGAAGGUGGCGGAAAAACAGACCGAGUUUGACCAACUGCACAGCGAGCAAGUGAAAUUAGGCGAAAAUAAAUACUCGACGUUGAAAAAGAGCAAAUCUGGGUCGACGAAGUCGCGGGUGGCCUUCUUCGAAGAACUGUAAUUUUAUUAUUUUUAAUAAAAAUCUAUUAUUUUAUA